AUGGAUGAGGAUAAUUACCCGGCUAGUGAUGUAGUGCCGAUUUAUGACACGGGUAGUGGAACUUUCAGCGCAGAGCAAAAUACCAAGCAGAUUUUGAUGAGCUCAUUGGAAGAGAAAAAUAGGAGCCGUAAUCGAACGAACUCGCCGUCAGAUCUAGUGGCAACAGAUGACAGUCCACUGGACCAGCUGCUGAAAACUCCUGCCACAACUGCUUUACCUGCUUUGCCGAGUUCUGCUCCUAUGGAUAUUUUAGGCAAUGAUGAUGAGGAUCUCCAAAAAGCACUCCAAAUGUCUCUUCAAGAUGGACAAAAUAACGAAUUGAGCGCAGAGGAAAAAGACUUUCAAAGGGCGAUUGCCGAAUCUAUGCAGACUCACGAAGCCCAUCAAAACCCAGAAAAGCGCUCGCUAGAGUCUGAUCGAGCUCCGCAGUUGGCAAAUCCCGAAAGAGAUCCAGACAUGCCUGCUGGAAUGCGUAAUGUUGGGAGUAGCUGCUGGUUUAAUUGCGUUCUCCAGAUAAUGUACAACAUUCCGAGCCUUCGGGAAGCAAUAUCUCACUACAACUCCUCAUCCCCGUCGGAAGAGUUCUUUGCCUUACAAAAAACGUUAGCCUUACUUCAUUUGUCGAAGUACUCUUGGGUGGACCCGAUUGACGAAGUCCUUCUUUAUCGUAAGAUGAUGCCGAUGUCAUCGCAACAGGAUGCUGCUGAAUUUCUUGGGAAAUGCAUCGAAAUUUGCGAGAAAGAGUUCAAGAACGGCAACGAAAAUGAGGACAUAAGCGCGUUGACUUCAAUUUAUUCGGGGACACUCACUGUCACAGGCAAAGAUAGUAAGGAUCAGUCAUUUUCGAGCAACGAGGAUUUUGGUCCACAUUUUAAUAUUCAUGUUCACCAAAAGGGGAACCUAGAAAACGCCUUGAAUGGAAUUGAAAUCAACAAGGAGACGUGGAUCAAGACUCUUCCCCAGGUGCUUUUCCUAAACUUAAACCGCUUCGAGUACAACCGGCAACUACAAGUCCCUCAAAAAUCGAAUGAACGACUUGAGUUUAAAGAAGAAAUUUUCAUGGAUAGAAAACUCCACAACGAACAUCAGUCUAUCGAGGAAAAACUUCUCACGAUAAGUAAUUCAAAAGCAGCUCUCACAAAAAGAGGAGAUAUGAAUGUCAACCGUACGCUGCAAACUGUGAUCGACAUGUGUGCUGCGACGGAAAGCUCAGAAACGUUGCCCGCUGAUAUCAGUCUCUCUGAUAUGAAGGCUACCAAGGCUGUGCUCACCAAAUGGAACGACUUUAUUAAAUCGGAAAAUCAGAAGCUUUCUGAAACAGCCACUGAAUUGCGCUCUCAAAGAAGAAAUCUUUACACGAAAAGUUCGUUGCAGCAAGAGAGAUUCUUUUUAUCGGGUGUGAUUGUUCACCAGGGACAAGCAGGCGCUGGUCAUUACUGGGUUUACAUUCUAAAAGGCGAAUCAUGGUGGCGGAUCAACGAUAAUGAUGUUAAGAAAGUUGAGUUUUUCGACAUCGAGAAAGAAAGCUUUGGUGGUGCCUCCGGUAGCUCGUCAGCCUAUAUAUUGGUUUACCAGAAAGAUGGGGGUACUGUUAUCACUGACGAGCUAGCCCCUGCCCUUGACAGUGCUGUGAAGCAUCAUGACGAACAGCAGGCUCAGCGAGCUAGUGAAGCUAAUCGGAAGUCGCCGCCAGUGCCAGAUUGGUCUGAGCCAGUUGAUGAUCCAUACAGUGUUAAUGUUAUGCACCACGUUCCCGCCUUCAGCAAUACGGAAGCGUCGCCACUUGAUAUUCCAGCGUUGGAAGUUGCGACAGAAGAAAGUGACAUGGAUGUCGACGAAGUCAAUGUUGUCUCAAGCAACCUCACCUCUACAGAGCUAGAGUACAGCCAGCAGUUUGACGCUUGGCUCCAAGGCAACUGCAGAAAUGAGAAAACGAGAUUUUAUAAGAAUCAUUUUAUCGAUUCUUUGACAUAUGAUCUACAAACGAAACGGCAACUAAAGUUUGCGGCAUUUUUGGACGAAAAUGGCAAAACAGAAUUUCUUCGAAGUUUCUGGAAUGAAGUCAAGAAUAAGGAGCUUAUUGAGCAAUAUAGAAAUAUUUCUAAGCUCCAUGCUCUCCAUGCCUGCACGUUUGAAGAUAUGGUUCAAGCCCUUUUCGCCUGGGACAAUGGCAGGUGGAAUACUAUGGAUGACGUUAUACGGGCGCUUCAAUAUGCUGAGACGGCUAUAUUUGAUCAAAUAUGGUUUACCGAGUUAAACGACAUUGGCUGCGAUGAGAUUGAGCAUUCAUAUUUCUAUGAUGCACUGAGUCGUAUACUCUUUGAUGCCACUAACAAAAUAAUGGAUGCUUUGUCUUCUGCGGCUAACCCAAUUGCUCAUUUGAAGGAACUAAAUGGCUACCUGAAUCUAUUUUUGUAUUUGAGCAAAAGCAUUAACUCGUUCACGGAAUAUAGAGAUGACACGAUAAACAACGUAAAGCAGAGAGUAGACUUCGUGCGUGGCAAGUGGCUAGAAUUUCAGGAACAAACUUUCAAUACCGAACUGGACAACGCCAAAGGACCAAUGGAAGAUUUUAUCGGCCGUCUGUUCCUCGAGGACUGCCAAGAAAUUUAUUAUAAUCUACGAAGCCGCGAGGAUGAAAGCUCGUGGAAACUGAAAGAGGAUCCAAAUCUGACAAUGCAAAAUUACAGUUCACUGAAGCAACAGAAGUUUGAUUAA